AUGAACAGAAGGUCUCGUUCAGUGAACCUCAGAAAAAUUAAGCACAAGCCAGAGGAGACAUGUAAGGCCUUUGAGGAUAUCUCCAGAUACUUCUCUAAGGAAGAGUGGGCAAAGCUGAGCCAUUCAGAGAAGAUCACAUAUGUGUAUAUGAAAAGCAACUACACCACCAUGACUAAUCUAGGCCUCAGAGCCCAUUUUCCAGAUUUCAUGGAAUGUAAGGAACGGGUCACAGAAUCUGUGCCCAGUGAUUCUGAUGAAGUUUCCAGCCAUGAGAGUCAAGAUAGGAGGAAGAACCCUGUGGUGUGA